UUUGUCGGACUAGUCUGGCUGUUUUGGGCCUUUCGGGUAUCCGUAGCAGCACGUUGCAGCGUGACGCCAGAGAGGCAGGGAGAGACGCUUCCAACAAAUUGGGCAAAUCCAAGUACUGUGAUCAUGGAAAUGAGCGGUCCUAACAUGAAGACGAUCGCCAUUAUCGGCAGUGGUCUGAUUGGCCGCUCUUGGGCAAUGGUGUUUGCCAGUGGAGGCUACAGUGUGAAGAUGUAUGACAACCAACCAGGACAAGCAGCCAAGGCGGUCACGGAGAUGGGGAAACAGAUGAUGGAGCUGGAGGAAGCCGGAAUGCUGAGGGGGCAGCUUAGCGCCACCCAGCAGCUCGCUCUGCUCAGCACUUACGAUGAUCUGCCGCUCGCACUGCAUGGCACCUUCUUCGUCCAGGAGUGUGUGUUCGAGCAGCUGGAGGUGAAGCAGAACAUCUUCCAGGAAGUGGAGUGUCUUGUGGGAAAAGACGUGAUCUUGAGCAGCUCCACUUCCUGCCUGGUGCCCAGCAACGUCUUCUCCAAAGUCCAAAACAGGAGCCGCUGCAUCGUCUCCCAUCCGGUCAACCCCCCCUACCUUGUCAAACUCGUGGAGCUGGUACCUCACCCUGACACGACGGCAGCCGUGAUGGACAACACCCAUGCUCUGAUGACUCGGGUUGGUCAGGUGCCCGUCCGCCUGAAGAAAGAGAUUGAUGGCUUCACCGUCAACAGAGUGCAGGCGGCCAUCAUUGCUGAAUCCUGGCGGCUGGUCCAGGACGGCAUCAUCUCAGUGCAGGACAUUGACCUGGUGAUGUCAGAGGGACUGGGAAUGCGCUACGCCUUCAUUGGUCCCAUGGAAACCAUGCACCUCAAUGCGCCUGAAGGUCUUGGGGACUACGUGAGGCGGUACGGAGAAGGCAUCCAAAGGGUGCUGAGGUCCUUCGGUCCCGUCCCAGACCUCUGUGCUGAAGAUGCCAAGAGCAUUGUUGGCGAGAUGUGCGAGCUGAUUCCCAACGACCAGCAGCAUCUGUCAGCCAGGAGGGAGAGACGAGACCAGCUUCUCAUGGGCUUGGCCAAACUCAAGAAGGACCACUAAUCGUGUCAGGAACCACAUCAAGCCAGAACUUUAAUUCAUUUCAGGAAGCCUUGCCAUAAUUGUAGUUUCUUUUUGGAGACAAAGCUGUGACUAGGGAUGGGGCCGAUCCGAUCCAGUGUCUGUGUCGGGUUCUGAUACCAGCGCAAUACGGCGAUUUCUGAUGCAUGAGCCACGUCUGUGCUUUAAUGCUGUCAGCAAACGUAGCUGUCUCCACACAUGCACCGCACUGACGGCCACACAAAAUUGUCGGACAUGGGCCUGUCGUGAUAAAUUUUGCUGGUAGAUAAUUGUGCAACAGAUCAUCGGCGAUAAUCGAUUUUAUUGACAUUUUUUGAGACCAUUUUUUCCUUAAUUGUCAUGAGAGGUGUAAUUCACAGUUGAACCACUAGAUGGUACUCAAGUAUAGUGUAUAGGGUAUCUGUGUGAGACAUUAGCUUGACACAGAAGUUGCCUGUAUCUAUGUUUUUGCUGUCUGUGAGUGCGCACCAUUUGCCAACCAAACGCCUCAGUAAGCGUUGAGUGUUGGGACGAAGGCUCCACCGCCCGAGGCACCUCAAUCAGUAGUUUGUUUUGUUUUUUCCCCCAGGUUGCAAAAAACGUCCGUGUCGGUCAUUGGUGUUCAUGCGCUCACUGUGUUCUUUCUGUUUAAAACCGAAAUUUUCCUCCAUUGGGCCUGUCAGAUGUGGCAUUCGCCUCAGCAACCCGCACCUUCAUUCAUGUUAGCGUGUGCUUCCUCACGAAGCUACCUGCUCAAACCUCUGCAUCCACUCACUAGUAGCCCCGCCUCCACAAAGAGGCUAAAAGAGAUGAGGGCCCACUCCCUCCGUUCAUUCCACUAUAGAACCAAUGCGCACAGACAGAUGCAGAGUGAACCCUCUUGUCAUCCGGCCUGUGUGGCACAGAGAGACGAGCAGAUGAAACACACGGAUACAUGCACGUCAAUUUAUCAACCUGUUUUUGGUUUUUUUAUCGUUCGAUUAAUCAAUUUAUCGAUUAUCGUGACAGGCCUAGUCGGACAGCUACGCAACACAACGCUUGCGGGUGGCUACAAUAACAUACUUGCCUGUGGAGGAGUUCAGCACAGCCUUAUAUCAAAUCAACACUUAUGAUAACGUAGCAAACAGGAAGUUAUGUGCUACGCACGUGUGCACGUGUUGCGCUGCAUGUCGCAUCGGAGACAGCCACGUUUGCUGAUAUCCUUUUGCCGUGGUUGCAGCGCAGCUCCGGUAUCAGCAGAUAUCCAAAUCCAAGGUAUCGGGAUUGGAUCGGCAGUGGAAAAAAUCCUGUUUGGUGCAUCCCUAACUGUAAUGCACAAUACUUUCACAGUCAACUGACACCAUUUUGCUAUAAGUGAAGAUGGACGGGUCACACUUAAAGCAGCAGUCAGGAAUAGCCGAGUCCCCGAAACAAAAAAACAUCAAAUAAACCUCAUCUGUUCAUUUUAGUGUGCAGUGAAGAUUAUUGUAUGAGCAAUACACACAACAUGUCCAGGCUGGUCCACUGAUACUAUAGACAAGUCAUGACAACGAAAAAAAACAGUGUUGCCAUCAUUUAUGAGCUCCAAUUAUCACACAUCGUUGCUUUAAGUGAGGGAGCAUCUAAUUUAUGUCGUAUUCAGGAGCAAAGCACCACAUAACACCACAUCGAAACAGAAACGGGCUUCUCCCAAGUGUUACCAAGAUUCAACAACAAUUCAGGACUCAAGUCCCUCUCUAUGAAUGGAUUAGGAGCCGCGUGUCCAGCCUGGUGUCCAUCAUGCGGUGUGUUUGUGGACCAGAUCAGUAUCGAUGUUGCGCGUUGCAUUAUUUGGUCUCACAUGACUUCCUGUAUGCCGAGAAGCAGUCACGAGAGCGGCGGCGUCAUCGGCAACCUUUCACACUCGCGGCCACGCGUAAUUCUCGAUAAUUUCGUCCUCAUGAACCCCCCACGCGCAAUUUAGUCUCAGAGCAGGGGCGUCCAAACGUUUCUCCAGCGAGGGCCACAUAGUGAAAAAUGAAAGGAUGCAACUUUUUAGGUAUUUUGUCAAGCAACAGGUGGAUAUUUUAAGAAGUUCUAUAUGGUUCAAGAAAAACGUGCACCUCAGCUUUGUCAUAUGGGUGAAAAAGCUAUUAUUAAUAUCAACUUUGCCCUGUCCUUUUUUUUGCUGUAGUUGGUUUUUUUUCUUCUUCAACAAUCUUUGUAAAUUUUCUCCUUGUAAUAUUAUGACUUUAUUCCCAUCAUAUUAUAAUUUCCCCAACCUAAUUUUCCAAAAAUGCCAUUUUUGUUUUUCAUAAUAUGAAAUUUAAAAAAUAUUUUUUCUUUAAAUGUUUCAACUCCACUAAAUGCUACUAAAAUUACAUUAUUUUUCCUCAUAGUAAUACAAGUUUAUUCUCAUAAAAUUCAUUCUUUUCAUGUUAGAAUACAACUUUUGUUCUCUUUAAUCUUUUGACUUUAUUCUUGUAAAAUUAGAGCUGUUUUUUUUGUGCUGUUUUAAAUUUUUUUCCAACUAUUUCAACUUUCUUCUUGUAAAUUUUCUUCUCAUAAUUUGGGCUUUAUUGCUGUAAUACUUUGACUUUAUUCUCGUAGCAUCAUAACCUACUUUUCCAAAAAUUCCAACUUUAUUUGUUGUAGAGAUGAAGAUGCUGAGGUUCUCUCUGGGAGUGACCAGGAAGGAUAGGAUCAGGAAUGAGUACAUCAGAGGGACAGCACAUGUUAGAGGUUUUGGAGAUAAAGUCAGAGAGGCCAGACUGAGAUGGUUUGGACAUGUCCAGAGGAGAGAGAGGGAAUAUAUAGGUAGAAGGAUGCUGAGUUUGGAACUGCAGGGCAGGAGGCCUAGAGGAAGACCAAAGAGGAGGUUUAUGGAUGUAGUGAAAGAGGACAUGAAGGUAGUUGGUGGGAGAGAAGAGGAUGCAGAAGACAGGGUUAGAUGGAGGCAAUUGAUUCGCUGUGGCGACCCCUGAAGGGAAAAGCCCAAAGGAGAAGAAGAUUUGUUGUUUUGUAUUAAUGAAACAAUAAUUUCCCUCUUUAAUAAAAUGACGUUAUUUUUCCUCACAGUAUUACAGUAUUCUCAUGAAAUUGUUUUGAUUCUUGCAAAAUUCUACAUCCACAAGUAAAUUUGCCAAAGUGAAACCUCUCUUUUAUGUUUUCAUGAAAGAACUGAAGCUGUACCUCAAAUCAAUAUCCUCUGCUAAUAACAAAAAAGCUAUCAAGACUAUAAAUCUGUGCUCCCACUUCAGUAUCCUUAAUUAAAUUAAAUUUUCAUUGCUCAUGUCCCCUGGUGUAUCUUACUUUAAUUACUAUUUUUAUUAUCUUCUUUUUUCUAUAUGUAUUUAUAUAUCACUUUUCUGUUACUUUUUUAUUUCCUUCAUCUCUAUAUGACUUAUUGUAUGUUGUUGUUAUCCAAUUGUUAUUUGUUCAUGCCCAUGGUUUGACACUAUUUUAUUGUAAAUUGUAAGGCAUUAAUAAAG